GAAUUUCCAUUAGAGCCUACAUAUCUCCUUUCCAACCAAUGGAGCAUCCCUCAACCAGGAUCGUCUGCGUGUUGAGUGUAAUAUUUCCGACAUCCCGUGAAGGCAUCAUGUGUUACAGUUGAAGGUAUCAUGGCGCAGACAGAGGAGGCCGACGAGAUCACCGCCGCGUCAAACUUUAAUUACACCUCGAUUUAUCCACUAUUAACUCCUUAUACUCUCUAAAAUCAUUAACAUCCAGUGAAGACGAAUACUGACGAAAACAUCAUUCUGACCACAACCACCGGACACUGAGACACCCAGAGAGAGGAGAGAUGGAAAAGCCGGUGUUGCAGACACAACCGUCCACCCUGCCUUUUUUCGACACGGCCCACGCCUUCAACCUGCUGCGGGGAAUCCAUGAGCUCCGUGCCGAACGAAAGUUUUUCGAUGUGACUUUGUGUGCCGAGGGCCGCGAGUUCCAAUGUCACCGCACAGUGCUAGCCGCUGCCAGCACCUACUUCCGGGCUAUGUUCGCAGGGACUUUGAGGGAGAGUGCUAUGGACAAGGUAGUUCUACAUGAGGUGUCGGCUGAGCUUUUGGGCCUGCUGGUGGACUUCUGCUAUACAGGACGGGUCACCGUCACGCAGGAUAAUGUGGACGUCUUGCUGAAGACGGCCGAUCUGUUUCAGUUCCCGUCCGUCAAAGAGGCCUGCUGUGCUUUUCUGGAGCAGCGGCUUGAUGUUUCCAACUGCUUAGAGAUCCAGGACUUUGCAGAGGCCUUCGCUUGCCGGGAGCUGGCGACCAGCGCUCGCGGCUUCGUCCUCAAAAACAUAAUGGAGCUGUCUAAAGCGACAGACUUUGUGCGGUUGCCGUGGAAGCGCCUCCUCGAGUUUGUGUCAGAUGAUGGGCUUAGCGUGGACAAGGAGGAGGCAGUUUAUCAAAUUGCAGUCCGCUGGGUGAAGGCCGACCUCCAGCGGAGACUGCACUACUGGCCCGAGCUGCUCCAGCAGAUUCGGCUCCCCUUCGUCAGGAGGUUCUUUCUGUUGGCCCACGUGGAGUGCGACCCGCUCGUCUACCUGUCGCCCACCUGCCUCCGCAUGGUAAACGAAGCUCGUAGCUUCCAGUCCUGCGAGUAUGACCGCCACGACAGGCCCUGCCACCGAAUGCGGCCGCGGCCAUCCACGGGACUGGCAGAAAUCCUGGUGGUGGUGGGAGGCUGCGACCAGGACUGUGAUGAGCUGGUCACAGUGGACUGUUACAACCCCCAGACCGGACAGUGGCGCUACCUGGCUGAGUUCCCCGACCACCUCGGAGGAGGCUACAGCAUAGCUGCCCUCGGAAACGACAUGUAUGUCACAGGUGGCUCUGAUGGCUCCCGCCUCUACGACGGCGUGUGGCGCUACAAGUCAAGCGUCAACGAGUGGACGGAGGCGUCGCCCAUGUUGAAGGCCCGCGAGUACCACAGCUCUGUUGUGGUGAAAGGUCAGCUGUACGUGGUGGCGUCGGACAGCACCGAGCGCUACGAUCAGGCUCUGGACUGCUGGGAGGCCUUACCGCCCAUGCAGCACGCCAUGGACAACUGCUCCACCACCACGUGCAACGGACGCCUGUAUGCCAUCGGCUCUCUGACCGGGGAGGACACCAUGGCCAUCCAGAGCUAUGAUGCAGACACCAACCACUGGGCCAUGGUCAGCUGUGGACAGCUGCCCCCGUGGUCCUUCACACCGAAAACUGUGACCCUCAAAAGCCUCAUCUACUUCAUCAGGGAUGACUCAGCCGAGGUUGAUGUUUAUAAUCCUCAGAAGAACGAGUGGGACAAAAUUAGUCCGAUGACCCAGGUCCACGUCGGAGGCAGUGUGGCAGCCCUGGGCGGUAAAUUAUACGUGUCCGGUGGUUAUGACAAUACGUUUGAGCUGUCAGAUGUGGUGGAGGCGUUCGACCCCACCACCCGCUCGUGGACUCUCGCUGGACGACUACCUCAGCCGACCUUCUGGCACGGCAGCGUCAGCAUAUUCCGCCAGUUCAUGCCCCAGGUGUCCAGUGCAUUUGAACCCACUGACAUGCCCGAGGCAAACGUCAUCCAAUUGCACCGGCACCAGCGUCACCAAGCGCUCCACAAUCUCAACAACAAUCUCAACCAAAACCAGAACCAGGAUGUGAACCAAGCGCACUGAGUUUGGACCUGGAAAUCCCUGUUUCAUUCAGUCUGUUCUUCUGUCGUCGUCUGUUGACUGGGUGAAUUACAAAAAGGCCUGGUGUUUGUUAGACCUGUCUGGUCUCACUGCGUGGGAGAUAGAACAGUUUAAGGAAGCUGCUGCCUUCGAAUUGAAGGUGGAGAAGUUAACCAAAACCAAAAAGUUAGUCCUCAGGGUCGGGGUAUGUUCAAUCAGAACUAGUUCCCAGGAUGUGCUAUCCGACCACGUUGGAAAUCAGAAAGAUCAAACCCCGGCUCAUUUCCCACCUCCACACAGCUCAACAAUCACGGCCUGAAGUGAGUGUGAAUGUAAGAUUGUCUGUUUUACUGGCAGCUUCAUCCUGGAGGUCUUUUCUCUUGUAAAACCACAAUAUAGUCUUUAUCAACACUUUUGAUACUGCAUGCAAUGUCACCUUUGUGUCUUUUGUCCAAGUAUUUUUUCUAAUGCAGCGUCUUCUUCGCCUCAUUCUGGUGCAUCAAGCAGUGAUAGAUAGAUAGAUAGAUAGUAACUUUAUUGAUCCUGAGGGAAAUUCAAGAUGGGCAUGUAACUGCG